CCCGAAGGUCGCCAGGCGGAAGGAUGCAGGCGCUCACUCUUGCCCGGCCCGCUGCGGCCUUCACGGCCAGCCGCCAGGCCGCCCGCCGGGUGGUCCUGUGCGCCGCCCAGCCCAAGCAGGCGCCCGUCAAGCUUGAGCUGCCCGCCAUUGUGAAGCCGGCCGCCCUGACCGCGCUGUCCAACGUCAUCCUGUCCAUGCCCGCCCAUGCCGAGGCCGGCAAGAUUUUCGACUUCAACUUCACCCUGCCCAUCAUGGUGGGCGAGUUCCUGCUGCUGAUGGUGUUCCUGGACAAGUUUUGGUUUGGGCCCGUGGGCGCCGUGCUGGACGCGCGUGACGCGGAGCUGCGCGGCAAGCUGGGCCUGGUGAAGGGCAACGGCGCAGAGAUUGCGCGGCUGCAGGAGGAGGCGCAGCGCAUCAUCACCGACGCGCACGCCGCCGCGCAGAAGCAGGUGGCGGAGGCCAAGGCGGUCGUGUCGGCCGAGUGCGCCAAGGAGCUGGCGGAGGCCAAGGCGAAGGUGGAUGCCGAGCUGUCUCGCGCGCUGGCGACGCUGGAGGCGGAGAAGGCGGCGGCCAUGAAGGGCCUGGAUGCGCAGGUGGACAAGCUGUCUGCCGACAUUCUGGGGCGGGUGCUGCCAGAGGGCGUGCGCGUGUAGGCGCGCCCGACCCAGCAGCCGCGGCGGCGGCGGCGGCGAGCC